AACCUCUUUUUGCUCUGGGAAAGUGACGUAUCUCAGAGAUCCGAACUAAGAUAUCUUUUCCAACUUUUCAAUUGAAGAGAGCAAAUGAUGUGCUGGACAUGCCAAUAAUUGAGUGAGUGACAUGUUGCUGACUUGCAUCGAUUUGACCGUGGACGACCGAGUGUGGACCCCACCGUUAGGUUGAGGCUCAAGACCAAUGAGAACCAUCCCUGUCAAUCCAUCUCCACUAAAAAGUUCUGCGUUUGACGGACGCAAGAACAUUUUUCGUAGUCGUCAAAGUGCGGCAAGAGAUCACGCCCCAUCCAACGCCCGACUCUCACCACCGAAUUCGACUUUCGUCCAACCCUUCCACCCUACAGUUGGACCCCAGAUCUGUGCGGUCAAAUCAGUCGCUCACUAUGGCGAAGAAGAGAAAGGCCUCUGGCCAAAAUGAGCGCACCGGCCCCAAGGACUUCGACCCCGCCGAUGCCCGUCUGGGCCCCAUCACCAGCUACGAAGAUGUCGCCGAUUCAGAAGACGAAUACUUCCUGAACCGCGACAAGAUCAUGUUCGACGAGGGUCCCAAGUCCAAAAGGAGGAGGAAAGCCGACGAGGAGGACAAAUUCCUGGAACACUCGGACGAGGAAAUCCUGGAUCUCGAUGACGGCGACGAUUCCGACGAGGAGACCAAGAAGCCCGCCCGGAAAUCCAAGAAGGGUAAGGCUGCUGCCGCCGAGGAGGAGGAGGAGGGUGAGGAAGGGGGCGAAGGCGCGGAGGACGAGAACGAUCCGAACUGGUGGGGUUCCUCGAAGAAGGAGUACUACAAUGCCGACCAAAUCGAGACCGAGGCCGAUGCGCUCGAGGAGGAGGCCGAGGCCAAGCGCCUGCAGCAGAAGAAGUUGGCCAAGAUGUCCGAGGAGGAUUUCCUCUUCGACGAGGGCGAAUGGCUGGCAGCCGCCGAGGAGGAUGAAGAGGACCAGGACGUUGUCACAGAGGUUCUCAAGGACGUUGAGAUCACUGACGACAUGGGUCCCGAACAGCGCACAAAGAUCCUCCAGAGCAGAUACCCCGAGUUUGAGCACCUGGUGAACGAGUUCCAGACCCUGCAACCGCAAUUGGCCAUCCUGCAGAAAGACGCCCACGGCAAGUCGAGUCAAUCGCUCGAGGCCGUGAAGUACUGGAUCCUCGGCUGCUACGUCGCCGCACUAGCAAGUUACUUCGCUAUCCUCACAUCACCGGCACGCGACGGGUCAACAGCCCAAAAGACGCUCGACCCCGCCGAACUCCGCGACCACGACGUCAUGGAGACGCUGCUAGAGUGUCGCGACGCGUGGCAACAGGUCAAGAACGCCGCGCUGGUACGGCCCGACGACUCCAUGGAGAUCAGGAGACAGCGGAGACUUGAGAAGGCGGCCAAGUCCAAGAACAAGCAGGCGCAGAAGAAGGCCGCCGCCAUCGAGGAGUCGCUCGCCGAUCUCAACGACCUGCUCAAGCAGUCCAAGAAGAGCAGCAAGAAGACCAAGAAGGCUGCCAAGGCUACGGAGGAGGGCGAUAACUCCGACUUUGGCGAGGAGGAGGUCCUCGACGCCCGGACGGCCGCAGACAAGGCUGCCCGCAAGAAGAGUCUGCGCUUCUACACCUCGCAAAUCGUCCAAAAGGCCAACAAGCGCGCCGACGCCGGCGCCGCGGCUGGUGGCGACGCGGAUAUCCCCUACCGCGAGCGUCUCCGCGACCGCCAGGCCCGCCUCAACCGCGAAGCCGAGUCCCGCGGCCAGAAGUUUGGUGCCGACCUCGGCGACGGCGACAGCGACGACGACAACGAGGGCAAGACGGCGGCGGCGCUGCGCGAGGAAGGAGACGACGAGUACUACGACAUGGUGGCCGCCUCCUCCAAGAAGAAGAAGGCUGACAAGGCGGCCUACAGCGCGGCGCUGGCGGCGGCCAGCAAGGCGGACCGCAUUGUGGAGCAGGAGAUUGUCGGGGAGGACGGCAAGCGCAAGAUCACGUACGCGAUCGAAAAGAACAAGGGCCUGACGCCGAAGCGCAAGAAGGAGAACCGCAACCCGCGCGUCAAGAAGAGGAUGAAGUACGAGGAGAAGCAGAAGAAGUUGAGGAGCAUGAAGGCCGUGUACAAGGGAGGCGAGCCCAAGGGCGGCUACGGUGGUGAGAUGUCUGGUAUUACGACAGGCAUUGUCAGAGCGAGAAAAUUGUAGAGUUACGUUGUCGUCGGUGCUCUCACGUAAUACAAUUGGAUUUCCAAAGUUUUCAAAAUCGAAGCGCUUGUCUCACGAUGUGCUGUGAUGUACACAGAGUACCUAUUUGCAUCGAUAUGUGGUCGGGAGUGGUUCAAUGUGAGGGAGGGAGACUAGCUAGCACUGUAAGUAAGAUUGGUUUGUUAGCUGGGGUAAAUUGCAGGGUCCCAAAGCUCGAGAAAGCUAGCCCCACCAAAUUCCAUUCCAUCUGGCCAGAACAGCUUCGACAUCCAAGCUCCAGCUUC